AUGUCUAAAGAUAAUAAAUUUCCAGGAGGGAAAAUUUUUGCUGAAUUAAUAAAUUUCACAUCAUAUGUAGAGAAAAAGCGACUGAUGCGGGUGAAAUCAAAACGUCGUACAUCUAAAAGUAAAGUGAAAAUGACAAAAAAAUUGGAAUGUUAUGUGAAGCUUACUGAAAACACGAAACAUCGCAGAGCUGAGUCGAGAAAAUUGGACGAUAAAUUUUUACGAUUUCGUCUUUGUUUUAAAGCUUUGGAGCCUUGUGAGGGUUUAAAGAAAGCUUUUGGCAUUAUUUUUCAUAACUUUGUUCUCGAGGAAAAUCCCCAAUUAUAUCAGUCAGCUGAUGCUAUUUUAAAUAUUUCUUUACUUUCUUCUUUACUCCGUCAUUGUUAUACUUUCAUAUUAAAAACUCAUAUAAGAACUAACUAA